AGGUUGUGACUUUUCCAUAGUGCCAUCACCCACCUCCAAUGGUGCAAAAUGUAAAAGCCAAUCUCCACGUGCUUUAUCAGACUUCGACUCGUAGUUCUGACUCUGGCCCUUUGCUUCGAAACAGUUACAUCCACAAUUCUGCAAUAAUAUUAUAGUACCAAUCCAAUAAUAAACCUCAGAAGCUCUUUUGAGGACUCUUUUUCACACUAUUACAAUCUAUGACUCUGUCCCAUUAAUCAAAAUGUCUUUUUUGGAGUUUUGGCUUCAUUAAUCCUUAAUCCCCGUUGAAUUUCGGUACUGGGUGUCUUUCCUUUUCCCCUUUCUUUCCUUGUUCCGUGUGGGUCCUUUGACCAAUGCAAAAUUUGUGAUCUGGAUCAAUGAUCACCUUUCAGUCACAAUUUUGAUGUUUUUUUUUAGUUCCAGUGCAUGUAAUUUUUUGUGAGUUCACUGGAUUCUCCAUUUUGUGUACUAAUUUCUACCAUCCCCUCUUGAUAUGCCUCCGUUUUUUCUAGAAGAUUCAACUGUUCUAGCUAGGAAGUUGCAGUUUUUGUUUAUUUCCACUAGGUUCUUUGUUGGUCACCGUGGUUAUGGUAGUUACUAGUUAGUUAAUUGUGGGUAUUUGCAGUCAUCUAUCCAAAAUUGUAUAUCUGCUGCUACAAUAAGUCAACACUAGAUCCAUGAUUGUUUACAAUCUGUAUAUUGAUAAUCUGCUUGUUGUACAAGGAAGAGAUUGUACCCCUUUUUAAGUUUAAGCUUCAAUUUUCCACUCUGUGUUCAUAUUUGUUGCUACUGUAUAAGAAAGUCAUUGUCCUUGAGAGGAAAUUUGUGCAAAACUUAUAUUGGUUUGCGGCCUAUACUGCUUAGCAGCAUAGGCUGUAGACACAAUGUCAAUCCUGUGUGGCCUUCCUCUUGUGGAGUGCGUGUACUGUCUGGCUUGUGCUCGUUGGGCUUGGAAAAGAUGUCUUCAUACUGCAGGCCAUGACAGUGAGAAUUGGGGCUUUGCCACGGCGGAAGAAUUUGAGCCUAUACCACGCCUUUGUCGCUAUAUUUUAGCUGUGUAUGAAGAUGAUCUUCGCCACCCCCUUUGGGCACCUCCUGGCGGCUAUGGAAUUAGCCCUGAUUUGUUACUUCUCAAAAAGACAUACGAAGAUACCCGUGGUAGGGCGCCACCCUAUAUACUGUAUCUUGACCAUGAGCAUGAAGAUAUAGUUUUUGCCAUCAGGGGUCUAAAUUUGGCAAAGGAGAGUGAUUAUGCGGUUCUGUUGGACAAUAAAUUGGGGAAGAAAAAGUAUGAUGGGGGCUAUGUUCACAAUGGGUUGUUGAAAGCUGCUGGAUGGGUUUUGGAUUCGGAAUGUGAAGUUUUGAGGGAGUUGGUGGCGAAGCAUCCAAAUUACACUCUGACUUUUGUUGGACAUUCCCUUGGAGCUGGUGUAGCAGCUAUGCUGACAAUGGUGGUGGUGCAGAAUCGAGAUAGACUAGGAAAUAUUGAUAGGAAGAGGGUUAGGUGUUACGCCAUUGCACCUGCUAGGUGCAUGUCACUGAAUCUGGCUGUCAGAUAUGCAGAUGUCAUCAACUCUGUUGUGCUGCAGGAUGAUUUCUUACCAAGGACAGCCACUCCAUUGGAAGAUAUAUUCAAGUCUCUUUUCUGUUUGCCAUGCCUAUUGUGCUUGAGGUGCAUGAGGGAUACAUGUAUUCCAGAGGAGAAGAUGCUCAGAGAUCCCAGGAGACUCUAUGCACCCGGUCGCCUUUAUCACAUUGUUGAGAGGAAGCCUUUUAGAAUGGGAAGGUUUCCCCCAGUAGUGAGGACAGCAGUGCCAGUAGAUGGAAGGUUUGAGCAUAUAGUCCUUUCUUGUAAUGCCACAUCUGAUCAUGCCAUCAUUUGGAUAGAGAAAGAAGCCCAAAGAGCUCUGGAUUUGAUGAUGGAGAAAGAUCAACCCAUGGAACCCCCUGCCAAGCAAAAGAUGGAGCGUCAGGAAACGCUAACUAGACACAAUGACGAAUAUAAAGCUGCAUUACAAAGGGCCAAAACAUUAGAUGUUCCACAUGCUUAUACACCGCCAUCAGAGUAUGGCACUUUUGAUGAUGAGGGAGAUGAGAACUCAACAAGAUCUCAGGGUGAGUCUUCUAAUAAAAGUUCAGUGGAUGAAAGCUGGGAUGCAUUGAUUGAGCGUCAUUUUGAUAAGGACGAGCAUGGCCACACUGUGCUCAAGAAAGAAUGAUUAAAUAACUAGUUUUUGCAGACUUGAGGAUAUAUAUACACUGUAAAAAGCAAAAUUCGUUCAUUCUUAUUGUAACCCAGAUGGAACUUGAAAUGGGGAAGGAUAAAUUGUUCCAUGUUAAUGGGAACCAGGAUUGAUUCUUAUAAUGAAAUAAAUAAUCAACAUUUAAAAAUGGCUUAACAAUCCAUUAAA